CUUUCUGUCAUGUUUUACCUUCAUGAAUGUCCUCAAACUAAUCGAUGGUACAAUUUAAACUGAGGUCGAAACUGUUAGCAAAAUCAGGAGUUGGUGUGUUGACACCAUGACAUCAAGCACAGCCAGUGCUUAUGGAGUAUUACCACAGUCUUGUGUGUUCUCAGACUGAUUUAUACAGCAGACUCUGAGUACAAUAUUUAAUGCACUCAAUGAUCCAGCUCAUUAGAAGGAAUUUGUCUACCACUGUUCUUGUGUUUUACCUCUGAUUCUAGGGCUCUACAUGUAGCGAUUCACUACAAAUCAAAUACAGUGUAACAUUUAGAAUACAGUAGAAUUUUACAAGUUUUAACGAAGUCGUUUAAUUCGCAUACUGGAAAUGAAAUAAGGGUGACGGUCAAAAGAUUUGCUGUUAGAGGAGCUGGCCCUGAAUCCAGCGGGUUCAGACAGCGUCCCUGAGAAAAAGAGCAAUGAUGCAACAAAAAGAGAAGUGCCAAGUGAAGUUUGUGUUGGAACUACCAAAAAUGGAAAAGCCUCAAACUCCUCAAAUGUGUACAGACCACACCCAAAAAGAGGAGAGCAAAUACAAUGAAAAUGAAAGCAUUGUUCUUCAGCAUAUUCUGGCCUUUAUGUAGAUGUGCUUUAUUUUCUUAAGGUCUAAAAGUGAUGUUCCAACUCCUGUGCCAGCUUUUGUGGAACCUGACUCACCGACUCAGGAGCUGGACUCAAUCUUGCAAGACCUGAUGGGUCUAGCUGAAGGGGAUCUAGAACCUCCAACUGACCCACCAUCACUUACACAAAAAAAGCAAACAGAAGGUGGAAAACAGGCGAGCAGCAGCAGCAGCAACACUCCAGCGGCUUCAGAUGGAAAAGCCACAACGCAAAGAAAGAAAACGGAUAUGAUAGAUGACCUGCUGGGAGGGUUGAGCACUGACUUGGAGAAGAUCGGUGUACGGACCACAGCCAAGGGCCACUGUGCUUCCUGCAACAAAUGCAUUGUAGGAAAGAUGAUCACAGCACUGGGUGAAGUGUGGCACCCCGAACACUUUGUGUGUGCGGUGUGUAAGAUGGAGCUGAGCACCACAGGCUUCUUUGAGAGAGACGGACGGCCGUACUGUGACAAAGACUACCAUCAGCUCUUCUCACCACGCUGUGCCUAUUGCAAGGGGCCUAUUAUGCAGAACAUCGUGACAGCUCUGGACCAGACCUGGCACCCAGAGCACUUCUUCUGCGCACACUGCGGAGGCUUGUUUGGAACGGAAGGUUUCCUAGAGAAGGAUGGGAAGCCAUAUUGUUGUAAGGACUUCUACUACCUCUUUGCUCCAAAGUGCUCAGGCUGUGGGGAGUCGGUGCGGGAGAAUUACCUGACUGCAGCCAAUGGCACCUGGCAUCCAGAGUGCUUCGUCUGCGCAGACUGCCUGAAGCCCUUCACUGAUGGAAUUUUCAUGGAGCUCAAUGGUCGUCCCCUCUGCUCGCUUCACUUUCACUCCAGGCAAGGCACUGUGUGCGGUGGCUGCGGAAAGCCCAUCAUCGGCCGCUGCAUCUCUGCGAUGGAUCGCAAGUUUCACCCCGAGCACUUUGUGUGUGCCUUUUGUCUGCGGCAGCUCAGCCAGGGCAUCUUCAAGGAGCAGAAAGGGAAACCAUACUGCUCAGCUUGCUUUGACAAACUCUUUGUCUGAGAUUUGCACAUGAGUAAGAUGUAAAUAAUACAAAACAGCAACAAAAACAACAAAACAUUCAAAUGCUACAUUACUAUCUUUGUUGAGUUUAGACUGUCUCGUCUGUGUAUGAAUGACAAAAUAAAAUGAAGCGAUUGUA